UGAAAAGUACUUAAUUAUUCAGCGACCUAUGAAGUUUGUGAAUGUUUAGUGAAGAGCCCUUACAAUAAAUACGAACUUAGGACUGCAGGAAUUCGUAACUCUUCAGUGAAUCCAGGACCGGUACUAUGCCCUCUCAGCUUCCACCUCCACCACCUCCACCAAUUACCUCAGGGUUGUUCCUGCUUCCUCACACACCCCACCACACCACACUCUGAACCCACACUGUAAACCCAGACACAGUAAACCCAGACAUUGUAAACACUCUUAAACAAACAAAAACAUUACCAAAACACACCAAAACAUCAUGAAGGCAUUGCUGAAUAUUGUAAACUCAUCAACACACCCUGAAACAUUCUCAAAACACACUUAAACACACUUAAACAUUGCCAAACACACCCAAACCGUUAAACAUUAUAAAACACACCAAAACUACACUGAGACACCAUCACACACUCAAAAACAGCCUUAAAACAUCCCCCAACAUCCCUAAGCAUUCUAAAACAGCCUUUAAACACUGAAGGUAUUCUCAAAUUUCUAAAACAUUCCAAAAAAAACAGUCGAACAUUCCCUGAUCAUUCCCAAAUACUUUGAAAAUUUUCUUAACACUCUGAAACACUCCGAAACACUCCGAAACACACCCAAACACACCCCAAACACACAAAAACACACAUAAACACGACAACAACAGUUACCACUAUUCAUCUUCAUCACUCCACUUAACUCCACCACCACCACCACCACCUACUCCUCAUCCUUCUACCCCCUCCCACCUCCCCAACCCCAGUGCCAUCACUAGGAGUACCUGAGUGCCUCUAUACUAUAUAACACAGUGCCUCGGUGCCAAAAAAUCUCGUCGAUCUGUACAUAAAGGGUCCCUACUGUCACUGCCUACAGGGACGUAAGGUUGGGUAAGACGUCUUGGUGCACCUUUCUCACUGUCUGGAAGUGAAUCAAGGUCAGGGCAUGAGAGGAGAGAGGCAUUAAAGGUCAGAAGACUUGUGUGUGUGUUGUUUUUUGAGGUUGUGAGGUCAGGAAAGGUCAAAGUAAUCUUUCCCAGAUGUUUUAAUUAAUUUGAGGUCAGGGCGUGAGGGAAGAGAGGCGUUAAAGGUCAGAAAACGUGUGUGUGUGUUGUUUUUUGAGGUUGUGAGGUCAGGAAAGGUCAAAGUAAUCUUUCCCAGAUGUUUUAAUUAAUUUGAGGUCAGGGCGUGAGGGAAGAGAGGCGUUAAAGGUCAGAAAACGUGUGUGUGUGUUGUUUUUUGAGGUUGUGAGGUCAGGAAAGGUCAAAGUAAUCCUUCUCAGAUGUUUCAGUUGAUUUGAGGUCAGGGAGAGGAGAGAGAGAGCUGUAAGAGGUUCUAAAAGUUGUGUAUGUUAUUUCUCAAGGUUGUGAGUUGUGAUAGAAAAUGAUAGAAGCCAAAAAUAAAACCUUUCUCUCAAACAUUUGAAUCAAAGUGAGGUCAGGGAGAGGAGAGAGAGAGAGAGAGAGAGAGCUGUAAGAGAUUAGAAAACGUAUCCUUGCGUUGUUUUUCAAGGUUGUGAUAGAAAGUAAGGAAAAAUUGUUGGGAUUGUCAAGUUUACAAGCAAUUAAGGGGUGUAAGAAAGAACCACCAAGAAUUAUCAAGGUUUUCGUCUCUUUGCAAGGUUCCAGGAAGGUCCAAGGAAGGGCUGUGGGAGUUAAAGAAAGGUACACAAGGCUAGGAAAGCUGUGUGUGUGUGUGUAUGUGUGUGUUUGCAGCUCACUGGAAGGUCAGGAAAGGUGGGGCAGCAUGUGAGGGAAAGGUACUUCUGUGUUGGCAUGAAAAAGAAGUCACAGAAAGAUUUAUAAGUAGGAAUGAAAGUGGUGAAAUAUAAACCUGAGAAAUGAUAGGUUAGGUGAAGGAAAUGUUGAUGUGCUUUGACUUAGAAGCUUGAGGUGAAAAGAUUGAGUUGAGAGAGGUUAAGAGAAGCUUAGAUUUUGAUUGAAGCUUAUGUGAAAGUUUGAGGUUUUUGAAAGAAUUGAAGAUAGAAAACACUUAAGAAUACUCACUGAUCUGACUUUGAAGCUUGUGAGGUGAAAAGAUUAAAUUGAGAGAGGUUAAGAGAAGCUUAGAUUUUGAUUGAAGCUUAUGUGAAAGUUUGAGGUUUUUGAAAGAAUUGAAAACUUAAGAACACUCACUGAUCUGACUUAGAAGCUUGUGAGGUGAAAAGAUUAAACUGAGAGAGGUUGAGAGAAGUUUAGAUUUUGAUUGAAGCUUAUGUGAAAGUUUGAGGUUUUUGAAAGAAUUGAAGAUAGAAAACACUUAAGAAUACUCACUGAUCUGACUUAGAAGCUUGUGAGGUGAAAAGAUUAAAUUGAAAGAGGCUGAAAGAAGCUUAGAAUUGAAAGAGGCUGAGAGAAGCUUAGAUCUGAUUGAAGCUCACUCACUCACUUCACACUGAUAGAAAAAGGAUUACAAAGCUGAAAAAACUUUGACAAUAUACAAAACUUGGGUGGUGUUUUAAUUAUAGUGGCUGUGAUUCCCCCCUCUCCCUGUCCCUCACCCUGCCACCCCUAGCUGACCCUUAGACACACCAGUACCUCUGUUCCUUGUGAUCCAAACCUCCUGGUCAUCCGAUAAGGUUUUCUAGUACCAUAGCUAACUGUUACUACCACUAGCAUUGCAUAGAGACCCGGCAAACUGUUACCAUUACACCACACUACCAUUUAGAAACUAACGUACCAAUGCAAAGUAGCUGAGGAUCCCCAAAGCAGCCUAAAACAUUGAAAAACAUCCUUAAAACAUCGCCAAAUACUCCCAAACACCCUACAACAGUCCCAGGCAUCCUCAAAACACUCCCAGACACCCUAAAACACUCUCAAAACACCCCCAACAUCCUCAAAACAGUCUGAAAUACCCUGAAACACUCAAAACACUCCAAAUCACUCCCAAGCACCCUAAAACACUCCAAAAAUCCUCAGAACACUCCCACAUAUUCCAAAACACCCCAAAACACCCUCAAAACACCCCAAACUAUCCCCACAACAACCACCACCACCACCACCAUGCUGUGCCACACUGCCACAGCACUCCUGGAGGCACUGUGGGCCUUCCCUGCCGUGGUGCCCUUGACCGUCAUCCUCUGUCUGGCCGCGCUGUACCUCCACCGCACCUACAGUUUUUGGGACAGUCGUGGCGUACCUGGACCCAAGCCUGUGUGGGUGCUGGGGAACAUGUAUCCGAGGUUAAGGGCGUCCGUGUCCAUGGCGGAGUUUGACCAGAAGAUGUACGAGAAACACGGGGGAAGAAAGAUGUGUGGGUAUUACGAGUUUACCAAGCCGUGUCUGAUGGUGGGCGAUCUGCAGCUCCUCAAGCACGUUAUGGUGAAGGACUUUGAUCACUUCACCGACCGCAGCUUCGUGACCUUCAAUGAACCAGUAAUGGACCACAUGCUGCUGGGACUGAAGGGCACCACGUGGAAGGCUGUACGAUCUGUUAUGACUCCUACGUUCAGCUCAGGCAAGGUGAAACAAACCCUGCAACUUGUGAAGGACUGUGCCAAGAACCUGGUGACUUACUUCAACAAGGAGCUGGAGAAAGGGUCAUCGGUGUUUGAGAUGAAGGACGUGUAUGGCAUGUUUACAAUGGAUACAAUCGCCAGCAUUGCCUUUGGAGUGAGCAGCGACACCCUGAACAACACUGAGAAUGAGUUCUCUGCCGCUGCUGUCCGUUUCUUCACCCCGGCAGCCAAGUGGAAGCGUCCAUUUAUCUUCCUACAGUUCCUCAAGCCACACAUCGCCAAGCGUCUCCACCUCAACUUCAUCGACCGCACUCCCAUCUACUUCUUCUCUAAGGUGGUGCGGGAUACAAUGAAGUACCGUCAGGAGAACAACCUCCGACGCAGCGACUUCCUGCAGCUGCUCCUGGACGCACAGCUGCAGGAACAAACUAACAACAACAAGAGCUGCCCCUCCAACAGCCCCUCUGCUGGCAAGGUCACCAACCAAGUUUUAACAGACCUGGUGAUCACGUCUCAGUGCGUCCUGUUCUACAUCGCUGGGUACGACACCACAGCGACAACCCUCAGCUUUCUGUCCUACUGCUUGGCCCUCCACCCAGAGAUACAGCAGAAGUGCAUGGCCGAGAUAGACCAGGUGUUGGAGCGUCACAAUGGAGAGAUCACAUACGAGGCGAUCUCCGAAAUGAACUACUUGGAUAUGGUCUUUGCAGAAACACUAAGGCUUUACCCACCAGCACCGCGCGUAGACCGAACCGUGACCAAGGAUUACACUCUACCGGGCACUGACAUCACGCUGCCUGCCGGACUCAAGGUUAUCAUAUCCAUCUACAGCAUCCACCGUGACCCAGAGCACUACCCGAAUCCCAGCAAGUUUGACCCUGAGAGGUUCUCCCCUGAAAACAAGGCGACCCGUUCCCCGAUGGCCUACCUGCCCUUCGGAAGUGGCCCUCGGAACUGUAUUGGGAUGAGGUUCGCCCUGAUGGAGGCCAAGAUCGCCGCUGUGUGCCUUCUGCAGGAAUUUGCAUUUAUCCCCAGCAAGAAGACGCAGAUUCCCAUUGCCCUGGAGCGCCGUAGUGGACUCCUCAAGGCCCAGGACGGCGUAUGGGUUCGGCUGGCUAAGCGAUGUUAAGGUCUGUCUGUGUGUCUGUGUGUGUGUGCGUGUGCGUGUGUUUAGACUCCCGAGAAAACGACACUAAGAGACUGAGCGCGUAAGGAAAACAUUUACUUGAUCUGAUUUCAGUCUCGGUGAUGCACAGUCCCUCUUGCAGUAGUCUCAGUGAGUUGCACGGUUUAGGUGACGUUUGGUGCAGUAAGAAAGUGCUUGGGGGUGACACAGGACCAUCAGUAACUUGACAUGAUAGAAGGGGUGAUGUGUGACCUUCAUUCUGUCUGUACUCUCUGCAAUUUAUGUCACAUCUAUAGCAGUAAGAUUGUGUUUGGAGUGCCACAGAAUCUCCAGACAAUAACGAAAAGUACAUGAAAGGUUAGUUGACACAUAAACCUUUCUCUAUUGGUCCUUUCAAUAUUUCCUGCUAUUUGCGUCACACCUAUAGCAGUAAAAUUGUGUUUGGAGAGCCAUAGGACCUCCAGACACUAAUGAAAAGUAGAUGAAAGGUUAGUUGAUGCAUAUACCUUUCUCUAUUGGUCCUCUCAAUAUUUCCUGCUAUUUGGGUCACACCUAUAGCAGUAAAAUUAUGUUUGGAGGGCCAUAGGACCUCCAGACACUAAUGAAAAGUACAUGAAAGGUUAGUUGAUGCAUAUACCUUUCUCUGUUGGUCCUCUCAAUAUUCUCUGCUAUUUGGGUCACACCUAUAGCAGUAAGAUUAUGUUUGGAGAGCCAUAGGACCUCCAGACACUAACCAAACUCAAUGAAAGGGUAGUUGAUGCAUAAACCUUCCCCUCUAUUGCAGUGCUUGGAGUGACACCCACCCUCCGAACACCAACCAGACAUAAUAGAGUCAGGAACGAAGCAUAAUCAAUACAAAGACAGCACAAAGACCCUAACCAUAGCAUAGGGACGGAACGUGGCGCUGUACUGUCGUCACACCCAUAACACGAACGUGGCGCUGUACCGUCGUCACACCCAUAACACGAUCCGCUCCUCUUCGCGUUGCAAGAGUUUUCUACGAGUAAUUUUAGCACAGUAAAUAUUAGAGGUUAGGUUUGUUCUGUCAUCCCUCUCUUAGUAAUGAGUGGGUGUGUAGCAACGGACGAACACACAAGUUUACUCCUUCACUAGAAACCACGUAAUAAUUGUAGUGAUAGUAGUGGCAGGGAUGGUAAUGAUGGUGGUGAUGGUAGUGUGCAGUGUUUCCAUUCAAGACCUGCUUUGUGAUGUUAUUUAAAUGUUCCUGUGUUCUUUUUUGUGUUAUUUAUUUAUUUAUUUAUUUUUUUUUUGGGGUACAAGAUGGAUUGGGUUUUGUUAUUCUGUGUGUGUGUGUGUGUGUGUGUGUGUGUAUUAAGUUAGGUAAGCUUUUUGUUUUUUUUUACUCUGUUUCCUUAUACUUAUUGUUAAACGUGUGUGUGUGUGUGUGUGUGUGUGUUCAUCAAUUCCCACAGCAAAAACACACAAAACAAACACAUUAAUAAUUUCCAUCAACAAACACACAACACUUCAACACACAAAACACUGCAUGCAUUCUGUACAACACAGCGGCUUUACACAUUAAGUUACCUUGCCGAGAGUGUGAUGAGAGUGUGUCAAGAGUGUGCUGAAAGUGUGCCGAGAGAGUGCCGAGAGUGUGCCGAAGGAGUGCUGAGUGACGUUUCAAAGCAUCACACACCACACUCUUCAUUACCGUUCUGUCACAUCACACAGCUCAAGUGCCACAGGGCCAGCUUGGUCCUAUGCAUGUAUGGGUGGUGGAGGGCCUAGUGUAGCCGGGGACGGGGCCUAUCGGGGGGGAGGGGGGAAGGGGUUGUUAUAGUCACAGUUGUUUGUCUCAGGCCAGUUAUGUUAGAUGUAAUUAUUUUUAUUUUGUUUUUGGUUUAUUUAUUUAUUUUUUUUCCUUUUCUUAUUCCUCUUCUUUGUAAUGCCAGAUCUAAUUGUGUCUGUUUUUUUUUUUUUUUGUUUCUCUAUUCCUUUUUUUCCUUUUCUCAUUCCUAUCCUUCUCCUCUCCAUGUAACCGUUUUUUCCUUCUUUCUCUUCUCAUCUUUAUUCUCUUUCUUAUUUCUUUCUUCCUCUUCUUCCCCAUUCCUUCUCUCCUCUCUCUCAACCUUUUUAUCCCUUUUCUCCUCUCCUUAUCUCAUUUCUAUCCUCCAUGUCUUGUUCCUUCUCUUCUUCCCAAUUCCCUUUGUAAAUAGUGGAGAGGGAUCAGAAUAUUUGAAAACACAGCAAAAACUCAACUUAUCAUCUCUGUAGCCUUUUAAAACAGUAAGGAGAAGCAGGAAAGAUUGAGAAUACUACAAAAAAACUCAACUUCUUAUCUCUGUAGCCUUUUAAAACAGUAAAGAGGCAAGAAAAUUUGAGAAUACUGCAAAAAACACAAGGCAGAUUAUUUAAGAAUGCUGGCCUGAGACAAAUAUAGGCAGGUCUCUUGAUGUCUGUCCCCAACCCCCCCUCCCCUGCCGCCCCUUGGUUCCCUUCAGCGCCACCCUCUCUAGAGUAGUAUGCAUGCGCAGUCAACUAUGCAAAGGGGAGGAGUCAUUGUAGUUUCUUAUACCUAUGCAAUUAUAUCGUCGACCAUUAGCGGUGUGUCCCUAGGGUAAGAUAGUUUUAGGGUACUGCAUCUCAUCUCGUCACUCAGAAUUUACGUAGUGUUAGGACGGCACAGUUUCGUCAUUCAUGUGCCGUGCAUUACUACGAUUUCUAGAGUCGUUAAGUCUCGUCGCUAAAUCAGUAACAGGAAUCAAGACUCUGUGGGGAUCUGGUCAGCUGGUACAGGAGGCCUCACGAGAGGUUCCCGGCAUUAGGGGCCAGUGCAGGAGUGGCUGGUUGGGCGCUGGUGUGUGUGUCAAGGGACGUCACCUCAUCUCUGGUACAAAGAACACUUCAUUGCUGCAGUUAAGGUGGCUUGUAUCAGGCGGAGAUGUCCCUUGGAUCUUGUAUGGGCUGGGAUGUCCCUUGGGUCUUGUACGUGACUGGGAUGUCCCUUGUGUCUUGUAUGGGCUCGGAUGUCCCUUGUGUCUUGUAUGGGCUGGGAUGUCCCUUGUGUCUUGUAUGGGCUGGGAUGUUCCUUGGGUCUUGUAUGUGACUGGGAUGUCCCUUGUAUCUUGUACGGGCUGGGAUGUUCCUUGGGUCUUGUACUGUGCCAAGGAGUUCUUCCUCAUGUAGUCAGAAUGUUUCAGGCUGUUUCUGAACAUAGUCUGGUCUACUGGAGGCAUUGCAGGCACUUUAGGCAUCAGAGUUAACAUGUUGGGCAUUCAUGUUGUUAGUACAGUUUAUCUGAGUGCAGCUUGAGCUCCGAGAGGCAUUCCUGGCAGACCACUUCCUGCUGUUUGCUUGGUCUUAGUGGUGUCACUCCGAACACCAGUAACAUCCCGGCAGUCUCUAGUCUUUUUGGUGCCGCUUCAACACCAAAAUACUUUCUCGUAGGCCUUAUGCAGUUAGUGUAGCCCGUUAGUGGUGUCACUCCGAACACCAGCACUCGGCUAUGUGAGGUGCGCCGGCCCUGCUCUCGGUGGCAUCUCCUGGGGGUGGUGGCUGCCUGGCACUCACUCAACAAACAGUGAAGUUCAAGCAAGAUGAAACAAGACUAAUUAUCAAAUGUACAGUUAAUUUCCUCAGGCUGUAUCAAGGAAGAUUGGGAGGAAACAUUUGAAUCUCUUUUGACUAGUUACCAGGAGCUGACAGUCAUUUUAUAAGGCUCUGUUAGGCAUCACUAGUCUGUAGGCAGUUGCAAUUACUCUGGUUAUAGGACUGUGUUAGUGCUUUCCUUCCAGCACAUAGGUAGUCUGGGGGAGCAAAGACCCUUUAUACAGAGGCACCAGUACCCCGUCACUAGGGCAUCAGUACCUUGAGAUCCCAGGCUGCAGCAAGAAAGCCAGUACCUUGAGGGGUCUUGGUAGUGAUGCAGUCUUAGCUUAGUGGUGCAGUGUAGGAAUGCACCACCUUUCUCUUACACACAAGGCAGUCUUCAGGUCGUGCUGUAGAGUGGAGAGCAGCACUGUCGUCUACAUAUCCUUUACAAGACAUUCACUAAAAUUACUACUGUUCUCAGGCGUUUGUGCCUCAUUGCGACUUCUGACAGGCUGUAGUGGAAGUGGCAGGGAGCUUUGUGGGUGUUUGGUUCAGAUUCUGUGCCCUCGGUGGGAGAAAUGCUUAUGUGAACGUAAGUAGUCGUCUGUGUGGUCUUUGAAGUCGUGAUGAGGGAGCAAAGCGUCUGAGGUGAGUCUCUGUCCUGUGCUUGUGUCUUUCGGUUCAACUUGUGGCUUUUUUACAACGAAUCUUCAAUGUCUAACGCUUCCUGUCUUGUCUAACCUUACCCUAACUAACCUAACUAAAUCUAGCAUAAUCUAACAUAAGCUUACCUAAACUAAUCAAACCUACACCAACCUAACCUUACCCUGUCUAACCCUUCUCAGCCUAACCUUACCCAACCAAACCUUAUCUGUCAACCCCUGCCUAAGCUAACUAAACCCUAUGUAACCUUAUUCAAAUCUAACCUAACCCUUCCUAACCCAACCCAGCCUAACCUAACCUUACCUGUCAUGGGAGUAACAAUUAAAAUUUACUAGGGUACUCAAAUACAAUACAAAUUAGGUUCAUACAGCCAGCAUUCCUAUAACUACAAGUUGCAAUAUUAGAAUUUGGUGUUGGUAGGACGUGAGGAGGCUUCUGUCCAGUGGUGGUGGCAUAGACUGGCUUGCUGUGGCUGUGUGGCUGUGUCCUGUGUGCUGUGCUGGCUUCUGUGAGGUGCUGCAGGAUCCGCCGUGACUGUAGCACUGUUCUGUGAGAGCAAGUCGUCGGUCGUUGUUGUUGUUGUUGUUGUUGGUCUUGUUGUGUUUGUGAUAGAAUGGUCUUGUUAUCCUGGACUUCCCACACAACUUAAGUCUUCCAUGUUGGCGUUGUAAUGGGUCAGGCAGGUCGUCUUGGCUUUAAUAAAGGACUGCGGUGGUCUUUGCUUCUAUCAUUCAUGAGUCUUAGCAAACGAAAACAUCCAGGUUGUCUUGGCUGUAACAAAUGACAGUGGCGGUCUUGCUUCCGUCACUCAUCAGUCUUAGUAAACGAAAUCAUGCAGGUCCUCUUGGCUGUAACACAAAGGUCAGUGGUGGUCUUUGCUUCCAUCAGUCAUCUGUCUCAGCAAACUAAAACAUCAUUAGCCACGAGCCAUCCCAGGAGUGUUUACGUCAAUCUUUUUAUUUCCACGGCUCUCCUUCCUUAACCUUCCUAGCACCGUAAAAACUGUUUGCACGGAGACUCAGAGGAAAAAAGAGGAAAAAAACGGAAGGUUGUAAUUUAAUCUUUUAAGCUACAAAAAUAUCUAUGAGAGGCUUGUAUGAAAAUAGCAUUAAAGAAGGAAAUUUGUCUAGUAGUGAAAGGUUUAACAGCCACAGUGCUUAUUAGACCUGGCACAGACUGCAAACUACCAGCCGACCCUUUGAAACAUAUCACACUGAACCAUCAAUGCAGAAAUGUGAACUGAUUGUGAACGUAAAACCAAGUAGAAAAUGUGUAAUACUGUGUUGACUAGCUUGUGUGUGGGGUGUAGUGGUGAGGGGGAACACAAGCACUGUUUCUCCUGUUACUGUUGCUUGUUGAGAGUAAAGUAUUAAACUGUUUGAAGGUAAAACACAAACACGAAAAGAACACAAGUCCUUCUGCGUAACACUGAGAAGAAAUAACAUUGUUCCUCCUGUUUCUGUUGCUUGUUGAGCGUAAAGUACUGAACUAUUUGAAGGGAAAACACAAACACGAAAAACAACACAAAUCCUUCUAUGCAACACCGAGAAAUAACACUGUGUUUCUCCUGUUUCUUACGCCUUUUGAGAGCAAAGUACCUAACCGUCUGAAGGCAAACACUAAAACCCUGGAGAAACGAUCCCCGUGGUUCCCUCUCAGCAGAACACACCACACGCUUCACUAAACGCUAUGCUGCUUGACCUGGUGACACGUUCAAAGUGACGCUCGACUUGUCAUUCGUGUGUUUGUGUGGAGGACGUGAUUUGGGGUUAGUGUUCGUGUGUCUGGCCGUGGGUUGAGUUGUCUGGCUUAAGCCCCUUAUGAACUACUGGUACCUGGAGAUAGAGACAGAGUUACAGCUGCACGUGUUCUGUGUUAAGACUCUUUCGUGUUUUGUUGUGGGUUUUGUAAAUUUUAUGGGCCUUCUGGUUUGUUUCUUACGUUUAGUCUUCGUAAAAUUCAUGGGCAUUAUAACCUUUUUCGCAUUUAAUCUUCGUAUAAUUCAGGGUCCCUCAGCUUAUUGUGUUGUUUAAUCUUUGUACAAAUUAGGGUUUUUCUAACUUAACUCUUGCGUUGUUUAACCUUUGUACAAUUCAGAGUCUUUAUAACUUCUUGCGUUGUUUAAUCUUACCAGAAUUCAGGGUCUUUCUAACUUAAUUCUUGCAUUAUUUAAUCUUCAUACAAUUUAGGGUCCUUACAGUGUUUAAUCCACCAAAAAUUCAGCCUUUCCAAUCUUCUUCACAUUUCCUAAAAUUCACAGUAACUAAUUUAAUACCUGCUUUGUCUAAUGAUGCGCGUGUUUCUUGAAAUGCAUCGCCACUCUUGUCCAAUCACACUGUUUUGAUGUUCGGUCCUCCAGUACAAGUCACAAUGCAUUUACAACACUGUGGAUUGCAGGAAUGUAUAAGCAAACUGUGUCACAAAUGAUCCCUUCUAAUUUUUAUCUUACAUCACCAAUAAUUUGUGUGGUUUAGUCUUGUCUAUGUUGGCUGUGUUUUUCUCAAUGAAUUUUCUCUAUGAAUCUGUGUUUUCUCUAUGAAUGCUUGCAGAAUAACUUAGGAUAAUUAUUUCUUCUCAUAGUUGGUUCUUAAUAUUCUUGUCUCAAAAUAUGUUAAGUUACUGGGAAAGGUUACCGUAUGCAAGUCUUGUCAUACAAAAUAACCCAUAGGACAAUUACUUCUUAUUAUUGUUGAUUGUUAAUAUUCUUCUGUCUCAAAAUAUGUUCCUUAUUGUUGGUUUUUAAUAUUCUUCUGUCUCAAAAUGUAUUAAGUUAGUAGGAAAGGUUACCGUAUGCAAGUCCUGGCGUACAAAAUAAUCCGCAAGACUAUUUCUCAUUAUUGUUGGUUUUUAAUAUUCUUCUGUCUCAAAAUGUAUUAAGUUAGUAGGAAAGGUUACUGUAUGCAAGUCCUGGCGUACAAAAUAAUCCGCAAGACAAUUAUUUCUCAUUAAUGUUGGUUUUUAAUAUUCUUCUGACUCAAAAUACAUUCCUUAUUGUUCAUUUUUAAUAUUCUUCGGUCUCAAAAUGUAUCAAGUUAGUGGGAAAGGUUAGUGUAUGCAAGUCCUGGCGUACAAAGUAACCCGCAAGACAAUUAUUUCUCAUUAUUGUUGGUUUUUAAUAUUCUUCUGUCUCAAAAUGCAUUAAGUUAGUGGGAAAGGUUAGUGUAUGCAAGUCCUGGUGUACAAAAUAACUCCUAAGACUAUUAUUUCUUCCAUUUAAUCCUUGUUGUUGUCCCUUCUCACAAAUGAAGUCAAGAUUAUUAAUUCCUUUCCUUAUUUUUAUUAUCUUGGAAUAUUCUACUCUUGUAUUUAGUGUCAUGGAACAAUUACUGUAUUCGAGUCCUUUUGUUACAAAUAUUCUACUCUUCUAUUUCGUGUUAUGGGAACGAUUAAUAUAUUUGAGUCCUUCCUUACAGGUUAACUCUAAAGAUCCAUUCCUGUCCUUAUCUUAAUGUGAUUUCUUAAUAUUCUUCUCUCGUCUCAAUGUGUUCAGUGUUAUGGGGAAAGAUUAACAGAUCAACAUUCACAGGUCCCUUCUUACAAACUCCCUGGUGAUUCUGUCAAUGUUCUCUCCCUCAGCAUGACUGUCUUGAUGUGUCACCUCCUCCCCCUCAUGUACUCCUCAAUUCUUUCAAUGCAUUAUGGGACGUUCCACAAAUGUACUAAAGAUAUAUACAAAUUCUACAUCUAUAUAUACAAACUCUACAUCUCCAUAUAUUCCUAAAACUUACAAAUAGGCUUAAAUUUUUGCUUUUCUUUAGUCUGACAAGAAUGAGACAAGGUGAAUGCAUUGAUAAGUGUCCUGCAUCUCCCCCCGACCUGUGUGACCCUUAAUAUCCUGUACCUGUAGCCUUGGGUCGCCAGGUAGGUGUGGGUUAAUAGGUCACAGUCAAGCAGGUAGGGAUGUUUUCAAUAUACUACUGCCUUUACCUCCCCCUUCUUCAGUACCUCGUCAAAUAUACACCAAGCAAUACA